UCAGGACCACAGGUGAAAGUGGGCCCUGCGUGCCUAGAUCUCCAGUGGGGGGACACUGAGGCAGGGCAGGGAGAGGUGUUAGCUGAGACCAGCCGGCUGCUGGUGCCCUGGUCCUCGCCCUCUCAGAGUGGAAGGGUGGGGGUGGCGGCUAGGCGGUCCUGGCUGCGAGCCCGGAGCACUCUUUUGUAAUCACAACAUGAUCUCUUGUGCUGAGCAGCGACGCUGGAAGCCGGCGGGGAGAGGCCGACAGGCCCGGCUCUGGCGGCUCCAGCUUCCCUCCAGCUCUGGCUCCCAGGAGCUGUUUUGGAAUUCUCUCAGCGCCUGGUAUUUCCAUGCAUUUGGCUGGGCCCCACCAAGCUGAAUCCACAAUGCGCAGGCACGAGGAAAAAGAUGCUGAGCUGGACCGGAGGAUCGUUGCCCUGCGCAAGAAGAACCAGGCCUUACUACGAAGGUACCAGGAGAUCGAGGAAGAUCGUCGGCAGGCAGAGCAGGGGGGCAUGGCUGUGACUACUCAAGGACUCCUCCAACCUGACAGCCUCACGGUCACCAUCAGCCAGGUUCCUGGUGAGAAGAGGGUGGUCAGCAGAAACUGGGCCAGGGCGCCCCUUUCACCGGGAGUGGCUGCCACACUGACAGCUGAUGAAGCUACUGCAGACUCACCGGGUACUUUCAGCAUGGGGGACCGGGUGGAACUUGCCAUCACCAUGGAGAACAAAGCCAAGGCCAAACGGAUAGUAAGUGAGAAACCCACGACCCGAGCAAGGAGCCCAAGGGCGAAGGGGACUUCCGGAGGAGGCCGGGGCCGGACUUCUCCCUUGCAGGGUGUUCUAGAGCCCCGGAGUCCAGGCCCACUUCCCCAACAGCCCUUGGGGCUGCCCCCCGAGGCCAGCUGGGACUACACGCAGUGGAAACAAGAGAGAGAGCAGAUUGACCUGGCCCGCCUUGCCCGGCACAGAAACCCACAGGGUGACUGGAGCCGCCCGUGGGACCUGGACAAAGCCAAGCCCAUGCCACACAACUGCAACAAGCCAAGGGACAAGGACCUGGGCAGCAGAAAGGGUCCUAGGACCCACCUGAAGCCUCAGCACCCGCCAUCAUCCCUGGAUGGAAGAGGUCGAAGUGGACAGUCUGGAAGACCCUCCAUGACAUCCACCAUAGGCAGCAAAGCGCAGGGGAAGGAGAGGCUAACUGGCAGGGCCCGAAGGUAUGACAUGAAAGAAGAUGAGAAGCCGCAGAGCCAGGAGGGAAGCCAGAGCACCACGAAGACUCCCAGUGUAGAGGAAGAGUGCGUGCAGAAGCGGAAUGAAAGGGAGCCAGACAGACAAGAGACCAUGCCUGCAACCAGCCCAAUUCCAGCCUCCUCAGAGGGGCUAAAAGGAGAGUCGGGAGCCUCUACAGCCAGUUUGGCCCCAGACUCUCUACAGCAUUCUGACUUGACUCCCCUUGACCUCUCUGUGGGCGGAGCUAGUAGCCCCAAGCCUGGAACAAGCACAUGUACACACAGUCCGAAGGCUGGCGCUCAGGAAAGCCCAGUGUCAUGGCCAAACGGUUCUGAGCAGCAGACCCUAGGCUGCAACAACCACCAGCCUGGGCUGGAAGUCCACAGCUGCACUGAGUCACAGAGAGAAGCACAGACCCCAGAGCCCAAAGACGACAGGGCUGGUAAGGCUGGGGCCCAGCAGAACUUGACACCAAGAAGCAGGCCCCCCAGAGGAAUUGGCCCAAGGGCAAGAGGCACAAGUAAAAGAAGCAGGGCAGGAGGUCCUGGCCCUGCAGGAAGAUGCUGAGUGAAGCUCAGGGGAGUUGGGGAGCUAGGCUGUGGAGGGGUGAACCCAGUCAGGAGUCUUCUGUGUGGUGGGAGUUACAGCUGCUGGUGGGAAGUCUGGUAACUUUCUGGUUGAGCACUGUGGCAAAAUUCCAAUUGUGAGGGCCUCUUAUGCAUAGCUCUCUACCCUAGUGAGUUUUUACAUGUAGGCAAGGCUCUCAGUGUAUUUGCCAGCCUAGGAUCUCUUGUUCAAGGCUGGUAUUCUUGGCCUAGGCUUACUGUUACCUACCAUAGGCCUUUCCCACCAAGCAAGAUUUGGUAGGACCCCAAUACAUGGGUCUCCUGGCUCCUUGUAGUUCAGCAUUGCCAGGCCUCCCUCCCUCCCCAGUCACAAGUCUUCAGGCUCCUCAGCUCCAGGCAAUCUCAAAGCUAGAAUGGCCAGUCUAGCCCCUUUCUGCUAACCAUGCCAUUCAGCCAAGUGACUCAGUCCUGGUCUUCCAAGAUGACCAAACCAGGAUUUCAACAGUUGCAGUUGCUUGAGGCCUAGAGAAAGUGGUUUGGGGCUCAUGGCUGACAGGAACACACUUGGGAGUGGAAAAGUAAAACCGAAGGCUUCUGGGGGGUAGGGGGAGCAUCUAGAGGGCCUCUUUGAACUGGGCUAGGAGUCCCCUUUUGUCGUGGAAGAAUGAGAGAGCUCACUAGCAGGUGCUGAGCCUUUCUCUUCCAUAUCCAGAUCAGACAUCAUGGGUACCCUGAAUAGACUUUGCAGCCCAGGGCCGUUUCCUGCCCUCACUCCCUUCUCCACUUCCCCUCACCAAGGCCAUGCAAAAGCAGCACAGUCAGAGGAAAGCAACCCCAGCUAAGUGAGACAUCAGGAUGUCUUUCCAACUCCAACCAGGCCCCUCCCAUGAGGCCCACGUCUGGUGAAUUAUCCAGACUCUGCACAAGCUGUGGCUUCCUUUCAAUACAACAAACAUUUCCUGAUCAUCCUCUCCCAGUAAUCCAGCCAGUGGGCGAGGGUGACUCUGCCAGCAGGAGGGAGGGAAGAAACGCAGUCAUCGGACAGCUCAAGGCUGAAUGGUAAGAGCUGUUCCCAUCUGUGGAAGCCUGGCGGCCCUGGGUCUGAUGAGUGCCUGGGUAGGCGCCUGAAGAGACCCACCUGCUGCCUCUGCUUCCCGCUUCUGAUGUGGCAUGUGCCCUCUGCUCCCAAGCCCUUAUCUUGGUGGCACCAUGCAGACCCCCUUGCUUCCCUCUUCUCUCGAGGGUAAGUGGGUCUUCCACAACCCUCCGAAGCUCUAGGAAAGUCCAGUAAUCUCAUCUUUACACGCGAGGCCUCCAACUUGGGUUCCGGCCUUGUUCUUGCUUCCACCUCUCUUUCCUCGGCCCAGGGUGACUCUUCAGCAGGUCAGGCUGUUUAGAGAGCUCUUCUCAUGCUUUUUUGGUGAGGUGUGGUGCAGGCUGAACUCCGUGGGCCUGGGGAAGGUCUGAACGUUCGCAUUUCCAAGAUGGCCCAGGUGAGGGAGUCAUGGUUGCUCCUUUUCGGCCUGAAGAACCCUCAGAGAAGUCAGGUUCUGGACUCGAGUGUGUGAAGGGUUCAGGUUAGAGCAGACUCUAGAUCUGGGAAGGUCUGAACGUUUGCAUUUCCAAGAUGGCCCAGGUGAGGGAGUCAUGGUUGCUCCUUUUCGGCCUGAAGAACCCUCAGAGAAGUCAGAUUCUGGACUCGAGUGUGUGAAGGGUUCAGGUUAGAGCAGACUCUAGAUCUAAAGCAAGUUAGCAGCUCUGCAAGAGCUAGGGGAGUGCCACCCUGCCGAGGGAAAGAGGCUUCCUGGCUUCAGAGAGGCCUGCAGAAGAUUCUUCGGGCAGUGCAUAGUGGAGUCAACUCUGUAGUGCAGCGAAAGGAAGUUGAUCGAGAUGUGACAGGAUGAAGGCCGGGGGAAGAGUCAGUGUGGUGGCUCAGAGGAAGUCUAGAAAGGGAAGAAAAUAUUUCUGGGCCAGACAUGCCUGGGCCAGAGUGAAGAAUCCAAAUUCACGUUUUCAUUUUGCCUUCCAGUCUCAAGUAUAUCUUGACUUUGGAGUAUGACACAGGGGCCCUGGAGCUCAUGACUCCAAAUGAUGGGACUGGAAUAGAGUAGGUUCAGGCAGAGAGAGCUCUUGAAUCCAGAUAUUGGAAAGAAAUGGCUGUGAUCAAGAAUCUGAAUUCUUGGCUGGGGGCGUAGGUUGGUAGAGUCCAUUCUCAGGGUGCAUGAACUCAUAGGUUGAAUCUCUAGGACCUUCCUUCCCCCUUCCCGCCCCACCCCCCACCCCAAGACAGGCAGGCAGGCAGGCAGGCAGGCAGACAGACAGACAGAGGAGCUGGGAAGAGGAAAAAGGAAGAGAGGAGAAAAGGAGUAAGUAGGGAAGAGGGACGGAGAGAGAAAAGAGAAAAUUCAGUUUGCCGCUCACUUGAUGCUGCCACCUAUGCGACGGCACGUUUGACCACAGGUUGAGGAUGUAAAAAUAUGGCAGGGUUCUGGUUCAGUCUUUACAAAUGAACCUAAGCAGGAGAAGGAGCUGGUAAGGAGGACUGAGAGGACAUGGGGCCUCUCUUCAUGGGCAACAGCCUUUAGGGUACUGAGGGAGGCUGUCCUGGGGGGACAGAGGCCAACGCAGGACAUCUUCAUCAGAGAAGCCUGCAGUGCCUGACACAGCAGCAAGCUUUUCCUGAGAAAGAGGAGCUCUUCUCCGGGAUAAGACCGCAGAGUCAACUAUAGAGCAGAAGACACUCAUGUUAGCCAUCCCUCUUGAGGCCUCAAAGGGUCAGCCAUGACUCUUCCUGGUUGCUUUGUUGAAAGGUCUGACUCAGAGUUUUCCCUUAAGAAACCCGCUUCCCUCCAACAAGCAGACAAGACUACUCUUUAAAAGCAAGGGUCCUGCCGGGUGGUGGCGGCGCACGCCUGUAAUCCCAGCACUCUGGGAGGCAGAGACAAGUGUAUUUCUGAGUUCGAGGCCAGCCUGGUCUACAGAGUGAGUUCCAGCACAGCCAGGGCUAUACAGAGAAACCCUGUCUCGAAGAAACCAAAUCCAAAAAACCCAAAAAAACAAAACAAAAAAGUAAGGGUCCUUCAUUAAACACAGACAACUCUGGGAAACCAGAUGCAGGGCAGGAAGGAGCCAAGCCGAGAGGGUACCAGGAGUGAACGCCUGGAAAUGAGGGGAGCAGGGAAAUGGAGAGCAUUCUGUCAGGCAGGUGAGAGCUUAGAUCCCAGGCACCCAAGCUCACCUUGGAGUCUGAGAGAAUACAUACGAACCCUGCACCUCCCUUAUCCAGUGUUAACCUCUAAACGCUUCAGUCUCCUCACCUGCAGAGGGAGGCUUGCUGUACUGACCUCAAAGGGUUGCCGAGAACGCUAGACUGUGCAAGGCAAGCCUACACUCAGUAGACGCUCGGGGACAGUAGCCUGGUGCUCCUAAACUAUGCUGAAUAAACAAAGUGGGUGUUGAUAUGA